GGAGCCGGAGCCGGAGCCGGAGCCGGAGCGAGCGUCCCGUGGGGUCCCGGGCGCGACCCGACCGAGUCGAGGAGCAUCCCGGCGGUGCCCGUGCCCCGGCGCCUGGCACUGCCCCGCUCCUCGCUGUCCUGCUCCAGCCCCGGUCCCUCAUGCCGCCGACCGUGGCCGUCGUCGGGGGCGGCAUUAGCGGCUUGGCCGCUUGCUACUACCUGGCUCGCAGCCCCAACCCGCCCAAGGUGCUGCUGCUGGAAGCCAGCGCCCGGCUCGGGGGGUGGCUGCAGAGCACCCGCACUGCCGAGGGCACCGUGUUCGAGCACGGGCCCAGGGGCAUCCGACCCGGGGGGGCUGUGGGCGCCGACACUCUGCACAUGGUCUCCCAGCUUGGCCUGGAGGGUGACAUCCUGCCUGUCCCCGGGGACCACCUGGCCUCUAGGAACCGCUUCCUCUACACCGGCGGAGCCCUGCACAAGCUGCCCUCGGGUCUAGGGGGCCUGCUGCAGCCUGUGCCACCCUUCUCACGGGCACUGAUCUGGAGUGGGCUGCAGGACCUGCUGGCGCCAGCCGGGACGGAGCCGGAUGAGAGCGUCCACAGCUUCGCUCAGCGCCGCUUUGGCAGGGAGGUGGCAGACAUCGCCGUGGACAGCCUGUGCCGGGGAGUGUUCGCCGGCGACUGCCGAGCGCUCAGCGUCCGCUGCUGCUUCCCUGCCCUCUUCCAGGCCGAGCGGCGGCGGCGCUCGGUGCUGCUGGGGCUGGCGCUGGGCUCCGGGGAGCAGCGCGGGGCCGAGUCCGAGCUGAGCCGGCGGGCACGGAGCGAGCGCUGGAGCCAGUGGUCGCUGCGAGGGGGCAUGGAGAGCCUGGCACAGGCGCUGGGCACCUUCCUGCGGCAGAGCGGCGUGGAGCUCCGGUGCCAAGCGCCCCUGCGCCGCCUGCAGCGGCACCGUGACGGCCGCUGGCAGUGCCCCCAGGAUGCCAGGCUCUCCUUCCCAGUGCCACCACCACCAUUGCUCUCCUUCCCCCAGCUCGCCCUGCCCGAUGGCACCAUCACAGCUGACCACGUGGUCAGUGCCCUCCCAGCUGCAGCCCUGGCUGAGGUGCUCCCGCCCGAGGCCGAGCAGCUGGCACAGGAGCUGCGGCGCAUCCCGGCCGUGCCAGUGGCCGUGGUGAACCUGCAGUACCAGGGGGUCACACUGCCAGUCACGGGCUUUGGGCACUUGGUGCCCUCCUCAGAGGACGCCUCGCUCCUGGGCAUCGUCUACGACUCGGUGGCCUUCCCCCAGCACAAUGGCACCGCUGCCAGCUCGGUGCGGCUCACGGUGAUGCUGGGAGGAGCCUGGUUCCAGCAGAGCUUCGGUGACCCAGCAUCGGUGGCACCAGCACUGCUCCUGCAGCGGGCACAGGCAGCCGUGAGGGAGCAGCUGGGCCUGGAGCCAGCCCCAACCCACUCCAUCGUCAGGGUACAGCAGGCCUGCAUCCCCCAGUACACUUUGGGCCACUGGCGGCGCACAGAGCGCAUCAGGCAGUUCCUGGCAGAGCAGCAGCUGCCCCUCAGCCUCAUCGGGGCCUCCUACGCCGGCGUCUCCGUCAACGACUGCAUCGCCAGUGCCAAGGCAGCCGUGGGGCAGCUGCUGGGGGGGCUGUGCUGAGCCCUGCUGCCCGCCCCUGGCACCAGCAGCUCCUGGCACCAGCAGCUCUGUGGCACCAGGAUAAAGUUGUUGUUUUUUUUUAAUUGAAAAACCCUUAGAAAGGUCCAAGGAGCAGCUCAUAAAUAGAAUAAAUAACCA